AUGCUAAACAAAGGGCAAUCUUCUGCUCCUAUCUUGCUUAAUAAGAAAGAAAAACAAAUGCAAGAGCUUAUCACUGUGAUUAGCAACAACACAAAGGCUUUAGCUACUGCUAUUAAGCCACAACACCCUGCUGCUCCAAAGACAAAUAAGGGGCAAACACAAGGCUUUACCUUUGCACAAGUAGCUGCUAAAGCUACUAACACCUUUUCUUUACCCUCUAAGGCAAAUACUACUGCCCAAACUACUAAACCAGUGGCUAAGGAACAACCAUUUACCCUUAUCCAAAGUAAGAUAGCAAAGAAAAAGGAAAGAAAAGAACUCUUCCUUAAGAGAAAACCAGUACUUGUUACUAGCAAGGAAGAUGAGGGAUAG